UUGAAUAUAUACAUAUUAUUAUUUCUCUCUGAUUUAGAAAAUCUUCAUGUACAUGUUUUAUCUAUGUCAUCCCAUGCCUAUGUAUCCAGAGAAUUUACAUGUAUUUCUGUAGGCAUUACAGUCACAAUUGUAUGCUAAUUAUUUUCUACAUCUGAUAAAUUUUCCUCAUGCAUAUUGGCUACCAGUUUCAGUAUUAUCCACCAAAGGAAGUACUUUCCGAUUCACAUUAAACAGCAUCUGCAAAGUUAAUACUAUAUGUUUCACUAUGCUCGUAUUAAAACUCAUAUUAUUGGCACUAGCCAUUUAUUGCAUUAUAAUAACCUGCAAGUUCUCAUUGCAUGUGUGGACAUAUAUCUCACUUGGCCUUUUUAAUUUCAGUAUGUGUACAUGGGGUAUGGUGAUCUCUCUCGUCAUCAGUCCUGCAAGCAAGGGUAUAGGAUAGUCAUGCCUGUUAGCUCACAACAAUGGAGAAUGGCAGUAGGGUGUUUCAACAGCUUCGCAAUAUAUCCUCUUCACGAGUAUCCUAAAGUUUCAACGGUGCACCCAGAAUGUCUGCUCAUUAGAUUAGCAACUGUGUUUUUAAGCCUUCUACUGUUCAGUGGAGGCUUACAUUUUAACCUUGACAUUUGUUGUUUGAAAUUCAUUGCAAUUGCCAUCAUUUUUGUGUGUCAAGUUUUGUAUAUUCUUGUGAAACUGUUUACACUUAUUCUGGUCACCAGAUCAAUC